UCCAGGCUACAGCCAAAGCAUUUCUCAAUUCUUUUUUGUUUUUUGUUUUUCAAUUAAUUAUUCGAUUCCCACAGUGUUCUCUCUCUUUCUCCGCCAAAUCCAAAACCCUAAAGUGGUCUGAUCCUCGCUAUCGACGUACUCAGCAACAAGAGCUACAAAAGGAGCGAUUUUCCUCAUAAUCCGUGUCGAAGCCUUUUGAGUUUUGAGAUUUUAGUACUUUUUCUGUCUUUUUUUCUUCUUUUCUUUGAAUAUUGUUCCAAUUGAUUUGUCGGAAUGAAAGAAGCGAAAUCGGUGAAGUUCAAUCUUCAGCAGCAACACCAGAACGGUCACUUGUCUCCAUUCAAAUUAACCAAGUUGUUGGAUCCGGAGGCCUCCUGGGACAAGGAUCAAUUGGGAGAUGUGUUGCACUGGAUUCGACAAAUGGUGGCCCUUGUAUGUGGGUUGCUAUGGGGUGCUAUACCUUUGGUUGGGGGUAUAUGGCUGGUCCUGUACUCAUGUGGCGGAUGAUGAUCCGGUAGCGUUCUAUUUGGGUUACUACUAUGGUGUCCUUAUUUUGUGAACUUUAGUUUAUGGCUUGUGACGCAUGUGUCACGUAUUCUUUUGUAUAGGCUAUUCUUUUGUAAUAGUUAUAUGUAGUUAGGCCUUAAACAGAUAGACUUGUGUUAUGGCUCACUUUUGUAUAGACAACAAGUUUAUUUAUGGUUAAGAUUUUCCGCUA